AUGGAGAGGAUCAUGAAGGACGUCCAAGUCAAGGUGGAGGCCCAAACCAAUUCGACUUCGAUUCCGGGAUUAGCCUUCUCGGCGAGGCCAUUUGUGUUCCGGCACGGUGGUAACCAGAGGAGACGUGGUGCUGCAAUUGCGGGGCUCAAGAAGCCGGAUCGACGUGUGUUGCGACUCCGCCCAAAUCGAUUGUUUAUCAGAACCUUUCGGAAGAUCGGGAACCCUAGUCCAUAUCAGUUGGUUCUUGAUCCUUGCAAUCGCUGCCUACGUUCUUCCUGGUAUCCUUGGUUUGCUGGUGACGAAGGAAGUACCACUCCCAAGGACUUCGACGAGUGUGUUGGUCAGGAGCAACUACAAGCUGCUAUGGACCAAUUGCAGACAGAGAUGACAGAGAAGGUCACCAAGGCCGUCACCGAUGUGCUCAUCCAAAUGAAACUCGGUGACAUCAUAGAGAGGGUGGACAGGCGUGUAUCCACGCUAACCGACCGGAUUGUUGCGUUGGAGACUCAAGGAUAUCUUGAUUGGGAGAUGACAGUAGAGCAAAAGUUUAGUUCGCAUCUUGUGCCUGAGCAACAUAGAGUUAGACAAGCCACUAGUGAAUUUAAAGAUUUUGCUAUUAUUUGGUGGACUGGUUUAGCUGCAGAGUGUGUUGUACCUAAUACAUGGGAAGAGCUUAAGGUUGCAAUGCGUGAUAGAUUUGUUCCACCAUCCUAUCAUAGAAAUUUGCGUAAGAAUUUGAUGCGUUUAGACCAAGGUGAUAAAUCUAUGCAAGAUUACUAUGAAAAGGAAUUGCAAGGGCGUGAGCAGCACAGUAAGAGCAGGUCAACUACGUACACCCCGCGCAUGGCUCCACCUUUGGGAAUGACCAAGGCCAUCUCUUCCCGGGAACCCCCACCUGCGAACAAGCAACCAGUUGCAUCUGGUGUUUCUACAGCGGCAAAACCACAUCUACCACGACCCGCCGAUUCAGGUAAAAGUUCCUUGCAGGGACCCACCAAGAGUGCCUCAUCUGUCGCUUCGACGGGACGCACUACAAAAAUUCAGUGCCACCGCUGCCAAGGGUUUGGCCAUGUGCAAAAGGAUUUCCCUAGUCAACGGGCUUAUGUGGCUACAGAAGAUGGUUACGUCAGUACUUCUAACAUUGAAGACGAAGUGGAAGACGAGGUUAAGGUUGAGGAUGAUGCGGUGUAUGGUCAUGAGGACACGACGGCAUACAGAACCAUCAUUAUUUUCUUUGUCAUCAACAAUUGUCGUGCACGUGUGAUCAUUGAUGGAGGAAGCUGCAACAAUUUGGUGAGUUCUGAUUUGGUCAAGAAGCUUGGCUUGACCACACACGCACAUCCACAUCCUUACUACAUUCAGUGGUUAAAUGAUUCCGGAAGAGCUAAGGUAACACAGGUUUGUCGAGUCUCAUUUUCCAUUGGUUCGUAUGUUGAUUCCGUUGAUUGUGAUGUGGUUCCUAUGCAAGCUUGCUCCCUUUUGUUGGGUCGACCUUGGGAACAUGAUAAUGAUGCUACACACCAUGGUAGAAGUAAUAAAUAUUCUUCUGUGCAUAAUGGAAAGAAAAUUACCUUGCUCCCUUUGACCCCUGCUGAAAUUGUAGAAGCUGAUAAAGAACACGCUGCUAGUUUGAAAAAUGAGGAAUCUGAAAAUCACCAAGUUGCUAAGUCUAUUUUCCCACCUAAAAAGGAUAAGUCUUCACCUAGUUUUAAGACUGAGGGAAUUAGAUUGAAGGGUGGUGUUAUGCUUGCAACAAAAUGUGAUCUUGCUGAAAUUUCUGAAAAUGAUGUAUGUUAUGCUUUGAUUUGCAAACAAACCUUGUUCUCACUUGAUGAUAUUGCUAGUUCUUUGCCUCCUGUGGUCACUAACGUUUUGCAGGAGUAUGAGGACAUUUUUCCAGCUGAGAUACCUCCUGGGUUGCCACCUAUGAGAGGGAUAGAGCAUCAAAUUUAUUUAAUUCCAGGAGCAACCUUGCCAAACCGUGCUGCUUAUCGAACCAAUCCCGAGCAGACUAAGGAAAUUCAACGACAAAAUGAUGGAUCUUGGCGUAUGUGUGUGGAUUGUUGAGCCAUUAACAAUAUUACCAUUCGGUAUCGUCAUCCUAUCUCUAGGUUAGACGACAUGCUUGAUGAAUUGUGUGGCUCUAUAAUUUUCACAAAAAUUGACUUGCGUAGUGGAUACCACCAAAUAAGGAUGAAACUUGGAGAUGAAUGGAAAACAGCUUUUAAAACAAAAUUUGGAUUGUAUGAAUGGUUAGUAAUGCCUUUCGAUUUAACUAAUGCACCUAGUACUUUCAUGCGUUUAAUGAAUGAGGUUUUGAGGGCUUUUAUUAGACGCUUUGUGGUGGUUUAUUUUGAUGACAUACUGAUUUUCAGCAAGUCUUUUGAUGAACAUAUGGAGCACCUACGUUCUGUUUUUGAUGCUUUGCGAGAUGCACGUUUGUUUGCUAACCUUGUGAAGUGCAUCUUUUGCACCGAUAGAGUUUCUUUUCUGGGCUAUGUUGUUACUCCACAGGGAAUUGAGGUGGAUGGGACAAAAAUUGAAGCCAUUGAGAGCUGGCCGAUGCCACAGACCAUCACGUAGGUGAGAAGUUUUCUUGGUCUUGCAAGUUUCUAUCGCCGCUUUGUCAAAGAUUUCAGCACCAUUGCGGCACCAUUGCAUGAGUUGACGAAGAAAGGUGUGGUGUUCAAGUAGGGAAAAACACAAGAGGAAUCCUUCGCUGGUUUGAAGGAAAAGCUUACUCAUGCACCAUUGUUGCAACUUCCAAAUUUUGGUAAGACUUUUGAACUAGAAUGUGAUGCUAGCGGAGUUGGCAUUGGUGGUGUUUUGAUGCAAGAAGGUAAACCUGUUGCUUACUUCAGUGAGAAAUUGCAUGGGCCUGUUCUUAAUUAUUCUACGUAUGAUAAAGAAUUGUAUGCUCUUGUACGUUCUUUAGAGACGUGGCGUCAUUACUUGUGGCCAAAGAAAUUUGUAAUACAUUCCGAUCAUGAAUCGCUUAAGUAUCUUCGUUCUCAAAGUAAUAUUAAUCGUAGACAUGCUAAAUGGGUAGAAUUUAUUGAAUCUUUUCCUUAUAUUAUCAAACAUAAGAAAGGGAAGGAUAAUGUGAUAGCUGAUGCUUUGUCUAGACGAUAUACUAUGUUGUCCCAACUUGAUUGUUGGAUUUUUGGACUUGAAUCGAUUAAAGAUCACUAUGCGUUUGAUCCUGAUUUUCAUGAUGUGAUGCUGAAUUGUAAAGAGGAGUGUACAUGGAACAAGUUUGUGAUCAAUGAUGGUUUUGUGUUUAGAGCUAACCGUCUAUGCAUUCUAGUUGGUUCCGUUCGUCUUUUGUUGUUGUAGGAGGCACAUGGAGGAGGAUUGAUGGGGCACUUUGGUGCUAAGAAGACGGAGGAUGUUUUGGCUGCUCAUUUCUUUUGGCCAAAGAUGAGGAGAGAUGUUGAGCGUUUCGUUGGUCCCUGUGCUACAUGCCAAAAGGCUAAGUCUCGUUUGAAUCCACAUGGUUUGUAUAUGCCACUUCCUGUACCUUCUAUUCCUUGGGCGGAUAUUUCUAUGGAUUUCGUAUUGGGAUUGCCUAGGACUAAGAGGGGGAGGGAUAGUAUUUUUGUUGUAGUAAGUCCGUUCCAGGUAGUAUAUGGUUUCAACCCUCGUGCUCCUAUUGAUAUUCUACCUUUGCCUACUAGUGAGAGAAUUCAUAGUUCUGCUAAAGAUCGUGCUGAAUUUAUUUUGAAAAUGCAUGAAACAACUAAGCACAACAUUGAAAGGAUGACUGAAAAGUAGAAUUGCUGUAGUAAAGGAAAACGAGAAGUAAAACUUGAAGUAGGUGAUUUGGUGUGGUUGCACUUGAGAAAGGAGUGUUUUCUAGAUUUGAGAAAGUCAAAGUUAAUGCCUAGAGCUGAUGGUCCUUUCAAAAUAAUUGAGAAGAUUAAUGAUAAUGCAUAUAAACUUUAGUUGCCCCCCGAUUUCGGGGUUAGUCCUACCUUCAAUAUUUCAGAUUUGAAGCCUUAGUUGGGAGAGGACGAUGCGUUUGAGUCGAGGACGACUUCAAUUCAAGAGGGGGAGGAUGAUGAGGACAUCACU